AUGAAUUUUUUGCAAGAUUCUUCAAAGAAAAAUCAAGAGGUGAGACCUUUGAGUGGAGUGUUUCAGAGAGACAUGUCGGUCGAAAGAGAAGAUGUGCCAGUACCCGUCAAUCUUGAAGAGAUUGGAUUUGUCCCAGGAGAGGAGGCACGUGGUUUAAGGGAGGUAUUGGGCGUCGAAGUUGAGAUGGAGACGCCGCUGGACAUCCCAAGGUUGCCCAAGCGCUUGGCGUUGUGGUUGGGGCGACCCAAGUGUUCGGCGAGGAGCUGUUGGCGGCGGGCGAGACGUAGCUUGUGA